AUGAUGCAUCAACCUCUGGUAAACAUGACGUUCAGAAACCUCCAACACCUGCUACAGGAAGUGUCGAGCAUCAAAGAUGGUGGGAACUUGAUCUGCUACCCGUUAGGAAACACCGAAUCUCCAACCACUUGCACAUACCAGCAACUCGCUGAGCAUGCGCAAAGGGCCUCAUGGUCACUUCGUGCAAGCCCUAUAGCUUCUGGUCUUACUCCCGGAAGUCCGGUUCUCCUGCAUUUUGAUGGCCAUUGGGAUACGAUCGUGUGGUUUUGGGCGGUCAUGCUGGCGGGGUGCGUGCCAGUCAUUUCUACAACUCUUCCGAACGACCCUUCCUUGCGCAUAGCACAUCUGGACCAUUUGUCAAAUGUCUUGAGAGAGCCUUUGUGCUUGACUCGCAACAACUUGGUAUCCGAUUUCAGCCAGCAACCGUCUAUCAAUGCCGUGGCAGUCGAUUCGUUUGAUCAAAAAGCCGCCCAUCCUCAGGUGGAUUUUAUGGGAUCCGAGCUGAGUGACACGGCAGUCAUGAUGCUUACUUCGGGCAGCACGGGUAAGUCCAAGGCUGUUUGUCUCAGCCAUGGUCAGAUUCUGGCUGUCCUGACAGGGAAACUAUCCGUGGUGGCUCUCCAUGGGGAUAGUUUUAUGAAUUGGAUUCGAUUGGACCACGCCGCCUCGCUGAUUGAGAUUCAUCUGCAGGCUAUGCUGGCUCUCAAGGACCAGGUUCAUGUCCACAGCACAGAUGUACUGUCCGAUCCUAUCAAGUUCAUCGAUCUCAUCGACAAGCACAGAGUCACCAGGACGUUUGCUCCAAACUCAUUCCUGGCAAAGCUCCGUGGCGUCUUGUCUAUCACUCCAAAUGGCGUAACAAAUGGUGUCUCACGGGACUGGGAUCUUAGUUGUCUCAACUAUGUGGCUUCAGGGGGUGAGGCCAAUGUAACAAAGACAUGCAGUGAGGUUUCGAGACUGCUGUCCCGCUACGGGGCCCCCAGCAAUGUCGUCGUUCCCGGAUUUGGCAUGACAGAGACCUGUGCUGGGGCAAUUUUCAACACCAACUGCCCACGGUAUGACAUUGAGCAUAAGCUGGAGUUCGCUUCUGUUGGAACAUGUAUGCCGGGUAUUGAGAUGAGAAUCACAGGCAACUCAAACGUCUGUCUGGCACCCGGAGAGAUAGGUAACUUGGAGCUCCGGGGCAAGACGGUCUUCAAGGAGUAUUUCAACGACAUCCAAUCCACCUUGGACUCCUUCACCAGUGAUAGGUGGUUCAAGACAGGCGACCGGGCCUUUAUUGAUCGCAACACCGGAUAUCUGAACUUGACUGGUCGACUGAAAGAGACAAUGAUCAUCAAUGGAAUUCACUAUAGCCCAUACGAGAUUGACAGCUUGCUUGAUCGUUCCGACAUUGUCGGUCUCGUGCCCAGCUUUAACUGUUGCUUCUCGUCUUUCCCAUCUGGUGCAGACACCGAGAUGGUCUGCCUGGCAUAUCUCCCGACGUACAGGCCAGAGGACAUGGUGACGCGCGUGCGAACCACCGAGGCAAUUUCGAAAAUCGUCAUGAUGGCUACCGGAUCACGCCCCGAGAUCAUUCCCCUGAAUGAAGCCUUACUCCAAAAGUCUGCUUUGGGCAAGGUGUCUCGUCAAAAGAUCAAGACCAGUUAUGAGAAGGGUGAAUACAAAUCUUUCCAGGAGAUCAACACCGAAAUGGUCAGACUUUACUACAAAGCUGUGCGCACUCCACCACAGACUAAACUCGAGCGCCAGAUCCUAGAGGUUUAUAUUGAAUCUCUGGGCUUAGUUGAGGAGGGAUUCGGAGUUGAAACCCCUAUCUUCGACGUUGGAAUCACUUCCAUGGAGUUGAUCAAGCUGAAAAAAGAUCUUGAGAAUAGGAUUGACAUUGGUCGGGAACUGCCAUUGACAGCUGUGAUGACAAGUUCGACAGUUCGUGAACUGCACAAUGCACUACUGGAGCUUCAAGCCCCUAAAGAGUAUAGUCCUUUGGUUACUCUGCAGGACAAGGGUACCAAGGCACCUCUCUGGCUUGUCCACCCCGGUGCAGGUGAGGUCUUGGUCUUCCUUAACCUCGCGAAAUACAUGAAGGAUCGGCCUGUUCAUGCAUUACGUGCAAGAGGAUUCAAUGAAGGCGAAACUCCUUUCUCCACCAUCGAGGAAACAGUUAACAGCUACUACAACGCCGUCAAAAAGCAACAACCUCAUGGGCCAUAUGCGUUAGCCGGAUACUGCUAUGGCGCCAUGAUCGCCUUCGAGGUAGCAAAGCUACUUGAGGAGAACGGUGAUGAAGUCAGGUUUGUUGGGGCAUUCAAUCUUCCACCACACAUCAAGCUCCGCAUGCGUGAUCUCGAUUACAGGGAGUGUCUGCUUCAUCUUGCCUACUUCUUGAGUCUUAUGACGGAAGAACAAUCACGGGAGCUGUCAGUCAAACUCAAGGGUCUCUCGAGAGAAGAUGUCUUUGAUCAGGUGAUGAAGCAUUCGUCUCAGGAACGUCUGGCAGAGCUCUCGUUCUCCAAGCCCAGCUUGAUUAGGUGGGCUUCCCUUGCAUAUGUUCUACACAGUAUGGCUGUCGAUUAUGAUCCCGAGGGAUCUGUUCCCAGUAUCGAUGUCUUCUGGUGCACUCCCUUGGCUAUUGCGGCAUCCACCAAAGAGGAAUGGUUGAAUGAACAUCUCAGUAAGUGGCAAGACUUCUCCCGGGCAGAAGUCGGCUUCCACGAAGUUCCCGGUCGACAUUACACAAUGCUAUUGCCAGAGCAUGUUUUUGAAUUCCAGAAAAUUUUGCGAGGUGUGCUGGAGGCUCGAGGAAUUUAG